CUCGCCGAUCUCCCGCCGCAAAGAGUCAAAUCAUGCCUUCCAAUUGGUAUUUGUGGUGCGCUUGCACUAAGGUUGCGUCUGGCGGUCAAGUCGUUGACGAUGAUGGUUCCUUCAGACCCACUCGACUGCCAAUCUUCCAAUGACGAAAUUGGGACAUGAUAAAUCCGAUGCCUCCGCGGAUUGCAUUUGUAAACAUGGGAAUUACUCAUAUCGGCUAAUACUGUCUCUAUCAUGGCCUCCUUUACUUCCUUGUUUUCUUGGGCUUUCUCUUUCUACUCUCUGCCUCUCACUGUCUCUCCUUUCCAAGCUCCGUAUACCCUUCCUUGUUCUACUCCUUUCGUUUUAAGCCUCGAGCGAUCGUGCUUGCUUCUUCCGGCAAUUCAGCAGCAAUAUGUGGGGAACCAACAUCACGAGGUCCCAGACGGGGGAUAACAUCAGGAGAAACCCAUGGCAUAACGAGGCCGAUAAUCCUCAAGAUCUGACAGAAGGGAUAGCCGAAUCACCGGGCGGAAGCUUUAGCAGCAGCGAUAUUGGCGAGGCUAGCGAUGUGGGCGGCACCUGGGGCGAGAGAGAUGUCGGCCAUCCCAGCAGGCGGAUAGCUCUGGAGGAGUUCGAGGCGCUGAGGGAAACCCUCACAUCCAUAUCACGAACGCGGUCGCACGUGGAACCUGAACGACGGGACGGUCUUUUCAGAACACUCAGUCGGAAGAGUACGCGCAAGAGUGUUCCUCCUCGGGCAUCCUUUACAUUACCCGAUGGUAGUGUGGACGAGGAGCCAGGGGAUAUCGAAGCGGCUGAUGCUGAGAAAGAGGACGACUUCGAGCUGGGAGAAUUCAUGAAGGAGGGCCACUUCGAGAAGCGCAAAGGUGGGCAGUCGGCGAAGAAGGUGGGAGUAGUCUGGAAGAACCUCACCGUCAGGGGCGUUGGUUCGACUGCCACUUUCGUCAAGACACUUCCGGAGGCGAUCAUGGGAACCUUUGGUCCCGACCUAUACCGAAUCGUUUCGAGCUUCAUACCUGCGUUAAAGCUCGGUCGCCAUUCGCAGACACGGACGUUGAUCAACGACUUCUCGGGGGUUGUCAAGGACGGCGAGAUGAUGCUCGUUCUAGGACGACCAGGAUCUGGAUGCUCAACCUUCCUGAAAGCGAUUGCCAACAAUCGGGAGAGCUACGCGUCAGUCGAAGGCCAAGUCUCUUAUGGUGGCAUCCCAGCAGGCAAACAAAAGAAGCGGUUCAGGGGCGAAGUCAACUACAACCCGGAAGAUGACAUACAUUUCGCAAACCUGAACGUGUGGCAGACGCUCUACUUUGCGCUUAUGAAUAAGACGAAGAAGAAUGAUAGGGGCAAUAUCCCAGUCAUCCUAGAGGCGCUGCUCAAGAUCUUUGGUAUAUCUCACACGAAACACACCCUUGUAGGCGACGAGUUUGUUCGUGGUGUCAGCGGCGGAGAACGCAAGCGAGUCUCUAUUGCGGAGACGCUCGCAACGAAGAGCACCGUAGUGUGCUGGGACAACUCCACCCGUGGUCUGGAUGCUUCGACUGCUCUCGACUACGCACGGUCACUACGCAUUAUGACAGAUAUUAGCAAUCGAACAACAUUCGUGACACUCUAUCAGGCUGGCGAAGGCAUCUACGAGCUCAUGGACAAAGUCAUGGUAAUCGAUGCCGGGCGUUGCAUCUUCGAAGGACCUGCGAACGAGGCGAAGCGGUACUUCAUCGACCUAGGUUUCCGCUGUCCCGAGAGGCAAACGACUGCCGAUUUCCUCACUGCCAUCACCGAUCCAGCUGAAAGACAGUUCAGGGAAGGCUACGAGGCCAGCACCCCGAAGACGUCUGAAGAGCUUGAGGCAGCUUUCAGAAGCUCUGAGAACUACAAACGAGUGCUUCGCGAGAUUGAUCAAUACGAGGAGGACCUCGAAAGAAGCAAUUACAUCGAUGCGAAAGAGUUCGAAGGUGCCGUUCGGGAGAGCAAGAGUAGGACCGUCUCGAAGAAGUCGCCCUUCACAAUCAGCUUCUUUCGUCAGGUGUGGGCAUGCACGCAGCGUGAGUUCUGGCUAACGUGGGGCGACAAGACUACGUUGACCACCAAGUUCUUCAUUAUCAUCAGCAAUGGUUUUAUUGUUGGUAGUCUCUUCUAUGGAGAGUCUCUGGAUACAUCCGGCGCGUUUAGCAGAGGUGGAGCUCUGUUCUUCUCCAUCUUGUUCUUGGGCUGGCUUCAGCUAUCCGAGCUGAUGAGAGCGGUUUCCGGCCGCGCCGUCGUCAAGCGUCACGAAGAUUAUGCGUUUUACCGUCCGUCGGCCGUCAGUCUUGCGAGGGUGGUUCAGGAUUUCCCUCUUCUUCUGGCUCAGGUCGUCCCAUUCUGCGUGAUAAUGUACUUCAUGACGGAGCUUGAUAUCGACGCCUCAAAGUUCUGGACCUACCUCCUCAUCGUCUACACCACGACGAUAUGCGUCACUUCGCUCUAUCGAAUGUUCGCGGCGCUGUCACCGACCAUCGAUGACGCAGUCCGCUUUUCAGGUCUCGCACUCAAUUUGCUAAUCGUCUACACCGGAUACGUCAUCCCAAAACCGCAGCUGAUCUCAGAGUACAUAUGGUUUGGGUGGCUCUAUUGGGUAAACCCGGUUUCGUAUGCUUUCGAAGGUGCGCUUGCAAAUGAGUUCUCGGACCGAACCAUGGAGUGCUCUCCAUCCCAGCUCGUACCCCAAGGACCCGGCGUGGAUCCAGCCUACCAAGGUUGCAGCUUGACCGGCGCACAGCCAAAUUCACGAACUGUGACCGGGGCCGCGUACAUUCAGACUAGUUUCAACUACAUGAGAAGCAAUUUGUGGAGAAACUGGGCAGUGGUGAUCGCGUUCGCGGUACUCUACAUACUCGCCACUGUCUUCGCGACAGAGGUCUUCUCUUUCGCUGCCAGUGGUGGCGGAGCGUUGGUCUUCAAGAGGUCAAAGCGAGCGAAGAAGGCUGUCAAGGAUGUGCCUGCCGACGAAGAGAAGGGUGGUGUUGCGGACAGCCCAGGUGGAAGCACGUCGAGCAGCGGAGACGGUAUUGCCGCGAAAGAAGAAGAACAGGCACUGGAAUCAAUCUCAAGCAGCGAAAGCGUAUUCACCUGGAAGGAUGUUGAGUACACCGUUCCGUAUCAAGGCGGCGAGCGCAAGCUUCUGAACAAGGUCAAUGGAUACGCCAAACCCGGGGUUAUGGUGGCGUUAGUUGGUGCCUCUGGCGCCGGCAAGACCACACUUUUGAACACGCUUUCGCAGCGCCAAAGCAUGGGUGUCGUAUCUGGGGAGAUGCUCGUCGAUGGUAACACACUCGGACGGGACUUCCAGAGAGGUACUGGCUUUUGUGAGCAAAUGGAUCUUCACGACGGUACGGCGACGAUUCGGGAAGCACUGGAGUUCUCAGCGAUCUUGCGUCAGGAUCGUAAUAUACCCCGGAAGGAGAAGCUCGAUUACGUGGAUAAGAUUAUCGAUCUCCUUGAACUACACGAUAUCCAAGACGCGCUCGUUUCGAGCCUAGGUGUCGAGCAGAAGAAGCGCCUUACCAUAGGUGUCGAACUCGCUGCAAAGCCAUCACUCCUCCUCUUCCUCGAUGAACCAACUAGUGGCCUCGACAGCAACUCCGCCUAUUCUAUCGUCCGGUUCCUCAAGAAGCUGGCUGCAGCAGGUCAAGCUAUCGUCUGUACCAUCCAUCAACCGUCCUCCGUCCUCAUCCAGCAAUUCGACAUGAUCCUAGCACUCAACCCAGGCGGUAAUACCUUCUACUUCGGCCCGGUAGGUGACAAUGGGGAAGACGUAAUCAAGUACUUCGCCGACCGCGGUGUGCAAUGCCCGCCCAACAAGAACGUCGCCGAAUUCAUCCUCGAGACGGCCGCGAAGCCCGUAAAGCGGAAAGACGGCACGCGCAUCAAUUGGAACGACGAAUGGGCGAAGUCCUCAAACAACAGCGAGCUGCUCAAGGAAAUCGAACGCAUCAAAACCGACCGAAGCAAAUCAGCCUCCCAGACUCCAAAGCAAGAGGAAUACGAAUUCGCCGCCCCAAUCUGGCUCCAAACCACCAUGCUUACCAAACGCGUCUUCACACAGUACUGGCGCGACCCUUCCUAUCUCUACGGCAAGCUCUUUGUCGCCAUUAUCGUCGGAAUAUUCAACGGCUUCACCUUCUACCAGCUUGGAUCCUCUAUCAUCGACAUGCAGAACCGCAUGUUCACGUCCUUCCUUAUCCUGCUUAUUCCGCCCACCAUCGUCAACGCAGUUGUGCCCAAGUUCUACUCCAAUAUGGCUCUUUGGAAAGCACGCGAGCUGCCCAGCCGCAUAUAUGGGUUCUUUGCGUUCACGACAGCCCAGGUUGUUGCCGAGAUCCCGACUGCAGUUGUUAGCUCAGUGCUGUAUUGGUUGGUGUGGUAUUAUCCGACGGGACUGCCCACGGAGAGCAAUACGGCGGGUUAUGUGUUCCUGAUGACUAUGCUAUUUUACCUCUUCAUCUCGUCUUGGGGGCAGUGGAUUUGCGCUUUCGCGCCUAGCUUUACGGUGAUCUCCAACGUUCUGCCGUUUUUCUUCGUCAUGUUCGGCCUGUUCAACGGCGUCGUCAGACCCUAUGCUGAGAUGCCCGCCUUCUGGAGGUACUUCAUCUACUACGUGAACCCUUCCACGUACUGGAUCGGUGGCGUCCUCGCAGCCACUCUACACAACAUCCCGGUCCAAUGCACGCCUAGCGAGACAGCAAUCUUCAACGCUCUAUCCGGACAGACAUGCUCCUCGUACGCCAGCACUUUUCUCGCUUCCGCGCCCGGAUACUUGCUCAACCCGGAUGAUAGCACAGGAUGCAUGUACUGCCCCUACACCUCCGGCGACGACUACCUCGCAACUCUCAACAUCAAAGCGAGUGAUAAGUGGAGGGAUUUCGGCAUCUUUCUCGCUUUCUGCAUGAGCAAUUGGGCGCUGGUGUAUUUCUUUAUCUGGAGCGUGAGGAUCAAAGGGUGGAGCUUUGGCUUUGGCGCACUGGCGAAGGGUGUUAGAAGAGGAGCGAAGAGUCUGAAGUGGAAGGGGAAAAAGGGUGACCGUCGAGAGAUGUGAGGGACCACGGAGGCUGCGAUACACACCCUAUCACGUCUUAGACUCCAACUGCAGAAAGCUCCUCCUGGAGGCAUUCACAAGAUAACGACCUUAGACACGCUAGGAUUCGAGACCGCCGGGAAUGUACCUGGAAACGCGGCUAUGGCUAGCGACACCACUAGUAGCGUAGUCUCUACCCUACCAUUAAUGAAGUUACCUUCCUUU